GAGGAAGCAGACCCAUAUUACAACAACCCCAGGCUUGAGUAAGCUGCGCUGUUUCCCUGUGGAUUUCUGCCAGAAGAGAAAGAAGAGAGAGACAAGUUGUCAAUGAGAGCUCCUGCAGUUGUUUGGCUGAAACUUUAUCUUCAUAUGAAGCGUUUAUAGCCUGUGUGAAUGACAGAGAGCAGGGAGGGAGUCGGAUCCUCUUUGCUGCUCGUUAUAAUCGCCUGAUCUGUAUAGAGCUCUUACUUUUCGGUACAUUUUUGUGCGUGUGUGUGAUUCAAUUUAUUGCCAAUGAGCGCAAGUCGCAGCUUGUGCGCGGUUUAUCAUCAUCACCAGCAGAGGAGGAAGAAGAAAACCAUUUAAGGAGCGCAACCGGUUGGAUUAUUGUCACGCCGAGGAGUUCUUUCUCUCUCCUGUUUAAUUUCUUUUUUUUACCAAGAAGAAGCCAUGACUUCGGUUUGGAAAAGACUGCAGCGAGUUGGUAAAAAGGCUUCAAAGUUUCAGUUUGUCGCGUCUUACCAGGAACUUGUUUUGGAGUGUACCAAGAAAUGGCAACCAGACAAGCUGAGAGUGGUGUGGACCAGGAGGAACAGACGCAUGUGUUCCAAGCUCCACAGUUGGCAGCCUGGGAUCAAGAACCCCUACAGGGGGAUGGUGAUGUGGCCUGUCCCAGAAAACAUCGACAUCUCUGUUACUCUCUUCAAGGAGGCCAAUGCUGAUGAAUUUGAGGACAAAGACUGGACCUUUGUCAUAGAGGGUGAGAACAAGGGCCACCGUAAGGUGCUGGCAUCAGCUGACAUCAACCUGAAGCGCUUCGCCAGUCCCACGCCAACCCAGACUGACCUGACACUGAAGCUGAAGCCGCUGUCUGUCAAAGUGGUAGAGGCCACGCUCAAGCUGUCGCUGUCAUGUGUCUUUGUUCGCGAGGGGAAAGCCACUGAUGAAGACAUGCAGAGUCUUGCCAGCCUGAUGAGCGUCAAACCCACAGAUAUCGGCAACUUGGACGACUUCAAUGAGAGCGAUGAAGAGGAGGACAAGAAGUCUGUGACUGCUGCAGUCGUUCCACACACUCUAACUCGCCCAAAUCGUCCUGCUCCUCCUCCACCUGACAAGCGAAUCUCCUCUGGACCCACUUUUCCAUCCUCAGCCUGUGGUCGUGAUGGAGGUCCUCCCAGCUCCGCCGUCACCUCCCGCCCUCCUCUCCCGACUGCUCCUCGCCCCUCACCCCGUCGCUCCCGACAUCCUUUCUCCCCCGCAGAGACCCAACCUUCCCCCGGCCCCUCCCCUCAGCCCUCACCCAGGUCCAAGCAUAAAAAACUCUCCGUUCCUGUAGCUCCUGAGGCUUCUGCUGUGCCGGCCUCUCUAGCCGAUAGUCCGAGCUCCCAGGUCAAAGCAGAUGCUCCCUCAAUUCAAACUAACUCCUCCUCCUCUGAUGCACCCCCUCUUCCGAACUCUUCUGAAUGUUCUGAAGCUGUGUCUACUGUAGUUUCUGCCACAGCUUCAGCAAAGCCCUCAGCUCCAUCAUCAAAAUCCUGUGAAGGUGCUGCAUAUUCAAACACACCCUCCACACUGCCCUCUCAGCCUCCCAUUGCAGCAGGAAUUAUCUCUUCGAUUCCCAAACUUCCCUCCCCUUCCUCACCUGAGACUAUUACAACAUCAGCUUCCACAACUCCCCAAAAGUCCUCUGUCACUGUAUCCACUGUUCUGACCCAUAAGCCCACCUCUACUCCCUCUCAGCCUCCUCCUCCCAAAUCCUCCACCCCCCAAAAGCCCACCCUGUCCUCUGAGCCUCCAUCUGCUCCCCCUCCUUCCACCUGGACCGUCUCUCAGCCUCCCUCCCUGCCCAGAAUCUUCCAGGCAGGCUCAGCAAAAGCUCCUGCUUCAUACCAGCAGCGCCCCCCAGAGGUUCAAACUGGGGAUGAUUCUGCUUCAGCCUCUGGCCGUUCUCACGUUUUCAGACCUCAGAUUGUCAAGCCAAUCGCCCGGCCCACCUCACCCUCUCCUUUUUCCGCUGAUGCUCCUUCACUUGAGCCAACACCACCUCUUUCAAAAUCUCACCCCUCUAGCUCAGAGUCAGGUGUUCAGGGGUCGUGGUUGAAAUCUGACUCUGCUCCAGGUGGUGGGGGCAUCGCCCCUGUCCCUCUGUUGACCAGUCCUGAUCUGGAUGCCCUCUGUGACCCAGUGGUUACAACCCGUCCUCCCUCCCUCCCACACUCCUCACCCCCUCACCCCUCUUCUCUUUCCACUUCUACCUUUUUCUCCCCCCCUCUCACUGUCGCCCAUCCUUCUGCUCCUCCUGCUCAGAUCGGCUCCUGUCAGUCAGGCUUGAUGUUCCCCCCCACUCAGGAGGGUAAAGAAACAACCUUCACGGCGAAAGAAACAACCCCGAUCCCUCCAAGCCAAGGCAAAGGUUCUCUUCAAAACACCCAGGAAGUGGCAAACAGCAAAAUAUCCAACCAGCCAUUCAGACCAGAUUCAAAGGCAGCCAUCACAGACAACAAAGCUGGACCAGGAAAGAUCAGCUCACUCAAAGAAGAUGCCGUUGAGGUGGACACCCCCGUUAAACAGAAGGAACAACAAACAACAUCAGAAGAUUCCCAAGCACACCACAUAGUCACUGUUCAGCCCGGCACACCACCGGUUAAAGAGGAGCCCAAAGAGCCAGAGGGACCCGAUGUGAAGCCAGCAACCUCACUCAAGGUUCCCCCCAAGACUCUUGUACUGGAGCCACUGCUCCCCUCAAAACCAGAACCAGAACUGCGGCCGGAACAAGAGCUACAGCUGUCAGGAAAACCACAACAGGAGGGAGCAGAUGAGGUGAAACCAGCCGUCGUCGUGGAUGGUGGUCAGGGGAGUUCGGUCGACAAAAAGGAGCCAGUGUGCGAGGCAGAAAAGCAGCUGUGGGCAGCUGUGGAGGAGACCACAGCCGAGGCAGGAGUGACGGAAAGUAGUGGGAGCAAGGAAGAGGAGGAAGAGGAGGGUGUAGUAGGGGGGCGAAAAUACCGGGUGGCUGACGUCCCUGACGGUGGGCAAAAGAAACCAGCAUCUCUUCCAGAAGACACCAGUGACAAACGCACAAACACACACAUCACUUCUCCACAUCAAUGUGAGAUUACGACAUUUCGUCUUCCUACGUUACCAGAGGAGGAAACCUCCGACCUUAAGACCCCUGAGCCUGUUCCGGUGGUCAGAGAGGAGGCUGAUGGGAAGGACGACACCACUGAGGGCCUGGUGAACUCCAGCCAGUCGCUGCUGCAGUGGUGUCAGAACGUCACCAGCGGGCAUCAGGGGGUGAAGGUCACAAACUUCAGCACGUCCUGGAGGAACGGCCUCGCCUUCUGCGCUAUCCUACACCACUUCCACCCAGACAAAAUAAAUUUUGACCAGUUGGACCCUCAUGACAUCAAGCUCAACAACAAGAGGGCGUUCGAUGGUUUCGAGGCUCUGGGCAUCUCCCGUCUGUUGGAGCCGUCCGACAUGGUUCUUCUGUCCGUCCCUGACAGGCUCAUAGUUAUGACUUACCUCAGCCAGAUCCGCACACACUUCACCAACCAGGAGCUGAGUGUGCUGCAGAUUGAGCACAACAGCAGUCAGUCCAGCUACGGCCUCGCCCCCUCCGGUCCUGCUCCCACCAACGUUGACGCUGCUGCUUUCUGCAUGGCCAGACUCAACGAGGGAGUGAGUCUGGAAGAAGGAGGAAGCAGCACGCUCGUCGUCCCACCUCCGAGAACCAAGCGACUGGGUAAAGUGGACGAUCCAAUUACUCCAGUUCCACCUCCGAGGUCGGUUACCAAGGUGGUCAAAUCUGGACCGGCUCAGGGUGACGACACAGUGAAUAAUUCUGCUAAAGAAAACACUAAUAACACAGAGUUGCAGAGUGUAGCGGGAACCCAGCCUCCCAAACCAGAAGAGGAAACAAUGUGUCUGCAGGACACCAGCCAGUAUGUGUUGAGUGAGCUGGCUGCGCUGGAGACGGAGCAGAAGCACAUCGACAGCAGGGCUGCAGUGGUGGAGAGACGACUGCGAAGCCUCAUGGAAACAGGCGAGUGACACACAACAUACA